AUGCAUUACAUUCGACUGUUAAAGCCCCCUCGGUAUUCUGCUAGGCCUAGAAACCGCACCGGGUCGGUCUCAGCUUUGAUUACGAUCACAUCAGAUCUCGGCGAUGAUUUUUACUUUCGAGAUACAGUCAUAACCGCCGAAGUACAUCAGGAGAGUGGAGACCCAAGGCUUGUAUUGGCCUCUAAGGAACUCCACUGGAAAACAGGAAUGAGAGUUCUGAAAAUCGAACUGAACGUCGCUCCAUCGAAACUUAACUCCUAUGAUUCUGUAAUACUGGCCAUUUCCAGUACCACAGGUGGAACACCUGUGGCCGAUGACAUAUCCCAUCCGCGAGACGGUGAUCUCGAGGUUAUCACUGCCUAUAGUCCCCCUUUCCGCCCGAUAGACGGGGAGGAAGCAGAGAAGUUUGUACAGAGAAGGAUUAUGAUUGGCCCUUCAAAAACGUUAAGGAUCUGGGAGGAAACCGGAGAGAGCAUUGCCCGACAUAUAUGGGACGGGGGUCUAGCUUUAACGGCCUACCUUGCUCAGAAUGCCGACAGUAAAGUUUUUAGCACAGACAAACUGAACGCCUUGCACAACCAGUUGAACCCGAGAAAAACGCUGACGGUUCUAGAACUCGGGAGUGGGUGUGGCGUUGUUGGACUCAGCCUGGCAGCUUUGUAUGAAAAGUGUCACGUGGAAUUCAGGCUGAUUGCACAUACAACACAGCAAGUGCGCAUUCUUUGGUGA